CAGCAGCAUGUAGAGAAAUCUGCCUUGAGUUUUCCCCCGCCCUCCCUUCUGCUUGGAGCCGCCCUCAAUCAGGAGAGCUUCUCCAGCUGUAGCAUUGCUGAGGUAACAGUGCAUACGGAUCUGGCAGUCAUUUCAAGGAAACCUUACUAGAAGUAUCGGCCUCCCCCUUGUCCUUAAGGCCAGUCUCUGUUGCUAGGAAGGAGAGGAGAGGCGCAAGAGGCUACGAGAGAAGAGAAUUGUAGAAGAUAAAGGUGUGGGCAAACUUUCUAGCUGCUUUUUGCUUCAGUUACCACCCAGAAGUGGGAGUGUCUGUGUCUUUGGCCAUAAAGAGCUGCAAAGCCCAAAUGUCAAAGAGCCCCGAGGCUGCAAAGGAGAUCUCCCUGCUGCCUUUGGAGGAGGAACUACCUUCAGCUGCAGUGCUUCCUUAUACAACUAAGUGGGUACGUUGACAAUGACUCAAAUCAGUACAACUUUGUAUUCUGCAGAGUAAGGAUGGGAAUGAUGGAAUGUGGCUUGUUACUGACGUGUACCACGACAGCCUGAGUAUUUCACAUAAGAUGUCCAAAACUAGACUGGACAAAGUACUAGAAAAUGCAACUGUAGAGAACAAUCCUGCAUUGGCAAGAUGAUACAGUAAGAGCUUUUGAGGAAAGAAACUGAGAUUUAUCUCAAAGAUCUGUUGCAGAACAACUGAAAAGAGAAAGAAUGGACAACUUCUGAAGGUUUUUAUUAGAGAACAAAAAUCAACUGGAAACAUAAAGUGGACUUAGAGGAGUAAGAAACUUUUUAAAAAGCAUCCAGAAAUUGCUAAUUCCCUGGUUUGCUCAAGGUCUUAGGGUAAUGGAUACCAUUGAGACUGCAAAGCUUGAAGAGCACAUGGAAGGUCAAAACAAUGACACCUCAAAUGGUUAUGUUCGACCUACCCUAUCUGUCAGUGAAGAGAGCAAAAAUGGCAAUACCAAACCUAAGGGUUUACCUAAUGGUUUGCGAAAAGGCACAAAGAAAUAUCCGGACUAUAUUCAGAUCUCUAUGCCUGCUGAAUCUAGGAACAAAUUUCCUUUGGAAUGGUGGAAAACAGGCAUUGCCUUUGUGUAUGCUCUCUUCAAUUUAAUUCUAACGACUGUCAUGAUCACUGUGGUUCAUGAGAGGGUACCUCCCAAGGAGCUCAGUCCUCCAUUGCCAGAUAAAUUUUUUGAUUAUAUUGAUCGUGUGAAAUGGGCUUUUUCUGUAUCAGAAAUAAAUGGAAUGAUACUAGUUGGAUUAUGGAUAAUCCAGUGGCUAUUUCUCAGAUACAAAUCAAUAGUGGGACGCAGGUUCUUUUUUAUAAUUGGAACUUUGUACCUGUACCGCUGUAUUACCAUGUAUGUUACCACCCUACCUGUGCCUGGAAUGCAUUUUCAGUGUGCUCCAAAGUUGAAUGGAGAUUCACAGGCUAAGGUGCAGAGGAUCCUACGAUUGAUUUCUGGUGGUGGUCUGUCCAUAACUGGAUCACAUAUCUUAUGUGGAGACUUCCUGUUCAGUGGUCACACAGUAGUGCUAACCCUCACCUACCUGUUUAUCAAGGAAUACUCGCCUCGCUACUUUUGGUGGUAUCAUUUGAUCUGCUGGUUGAUGAGUGCCGCUGGUAUAAUCUGCAUUCUUGUUGCCCAUGAACACUACACUGUGGAUGUUAUCGUUGCUUAUUAUAUCACCACAAGGCUCUUUUGGUGGUACCACUCAAUGGCUAAUGAAAAAAACUUGAAGAUCUCUUCACAGACUAAUUUUCUCUCUCGAGCAUGGUGGUAUCCGAUAUUUUAUUUCUUUGAGAAGAAUAUACAAGGCUCAGUUCCUUGCUGCUUCUCAUGGCCUAUAUCUUGGCCUCCUAGCUGCUUCAAAUCUUCAUGCAAAAAAUAUUCACGGGUUCAGAAGACAGGAGAGGACAAUGAAAAAUCCACCUGAAAGAAAGAUGAAGAAAGAAAAGAAAUCAUCUGCUCUUUAUUUUACCAAAAUAUUAAUGCUAUAACCAAAGUUCUUAAAAGGACUAGAUUGUAGGGGAAUAAGUGGACCAAAUUCUUGUGCAAUUGUACAAGACAAUUGUAGACAAAAUAAAACACCCAUUGACAUGGUUUCUAUUCAUCACAUUGUACAGGGCUAUUCUACUCUUCAGUACUAGGAGUGCACCACAGACAGGAUUUUUCCCUGAGAAAGAAAAGAAACAAGAGUUUGGUUUACUUAUGAGAUUGAGGUGCCAAAGAACACAUCACACCUUUUGUUAUUAAUUAUCACUCAUCCACAAAAAUCUCAUCUCUAGAGUUCUGGAGUUUGAGGGCAAAAGCAUACUAAAAUUUAAAGUUACAAUAUCUGUCUACAAUGGUGGGAAGUGGUUUACUGUAUUCUUCUUGCUAAUGAAGGUACGACUUACGAUACAUGACUGGUGAAGCCGGAAGUGAGCUUUUACAUUUUAUGCUCUGUGGGAAUGAAUGUACUAUGACCCUGAAGUACUCCCACCUCCCAUGUACUCCGAUAUACCAAUUUUUUACAUUUUAUAUUGGUAACUUUAUUUUUAAAACAAAACAAACAAACAAAAAAAAAGAACCUGAAAAAGAAAGCUGUUGUGAUAUGAUGACAUUACAAAUUAUAAAUAAUAGCUGCUAACAUCCAUUGGAGCACUACAAGCAUGGAAAUAUUUUUAUUUUUAAAACAUAUAUCUAUGUAACAAGAAGAAAAUUAUUUCAAAAUCUAAACAGUUAAUGGCAAGUUAGCCUGGGUCUGUAUGUGUUGUGUAUAUAUAUAUAGCUAUGUAAUGCAUAUAGGUAUAUAUACAUACUUUUGUGUAUUCACACACAUUAACCAAUAUUAGAUAAAUGAAAAGAGAGCUGUGUAUAAUGUGUUAUUGUAAGCAAAACUCCCACUGAUUUUUCCUUCACCUGCUUCAGUACUGCAAAGUCAUUUUCUCAAUGGGAAAUGUAAAAAUCAAACAUUUUAAAUUUUUAGUUACUAUAUCUUGAUGACACUGUGUAAACAUUAUGCUUGAGAGCCUGAUGUUAUGCAUUUAGAGGUUUGGGGUUUUUGGUUUUUGUUUGGUGGUUUUGGUGGUUUUCUUUUUUAUUUAUUUAUUUUUCUCUUUUUUUGUAAACCAUUGGCACAAAUCUCAGUGACUCAUAAACAGGUGCUAAGGUGAAUACACUCCAACAGCAACACUUCUUCCACUGUUACCCAACAAUAUUUAUUAUUAAAUGGUGCUGUCAUAUGACUGACCCGCUAUUCCUUUCUAUCAGGACUUGUUUGUCCAACCUAAGUAUCUACACAAGUAUGUUGGUUUAGUAUGUGGGAAUACACAACUUUGUUCGUGUACAACUGAACUGCAGAUUAGCAGCUAACCUGGUCAACGUUUUUGUUGUAUUUCAUGUUGUUCUUGGGGAAGCAAAGUGGAUACUGGGCACCCCAGAGUUUAACCGUUAAUUUGUUCUGUAUUCAUUUCCUCAGCUACUCAAGUAUUUUAUUUCAAAACCUUCAGUAAAAGCUGAUCAGAGGCAAUAAUUGUUAAUAGUUUAAAUUAACCUGUAACUUGAGUGAAAAAUUUGCUCUCAUUUUUUAGAAUGCCUUGACAAGUGUGAACACUAAAAAGAAAAUUUAAAUAAUGACAUUCUCAUUUUAAAAAUAUCCUGUUAGAAAAAUUGCUACAA